AAGUCUCACCUCAAGCCGCCUAAGCAGGCUCCCUCUGCGUGGCAAGUCUACUUCACGGAGGAGCUGCAGAAGAUCAAGGCCGAGCAGCCCGGCGCACGCCUCAAUGUUGCUCACGUCGCCAAGGACGCCGGCCAGCGCUACGCAGCCUUGCCUGACGAGGCCAAGAAGGAGUUCAAGCGUCGUUCCGACGAGGCCAAGGAGCAGUGGGAGCGCGAUAUGCUGGCCUGGAAGCAGACGCUCACGCCUGAAGACAUCAAGCAGGAGAACAUGUUCCGUACUGCGCAGCGCAAGGCCGGCAAGUCCCGCAAGGGUAAUCUCAAGGACCCCAAUGCGCCCAAGAAGCCCCUGAGUGCCUACUUCCUCUUCCUCCGUGCCAUCCGUGCCGACCCCAAGAUGACCGAGGACGUCUUCCACGGCGAGCAAGAGACUACGAAGCAGUCGGUCCUCGCCGCUGCCAAGUGGCGCAGCCUGCCCGAGGAGGAGAAGCAGCCCUUCCUCGAGAAGGCUGAGGCUGACAAGGUCGAGUAUGAGCGUCAGCGCAAGGAGUACGAGCAG